CCAGCUGCAGCGUUGUUGUGGUCGCCUGUCUGAUAAGUUAGCUAACACACGUAGUGAGUGAAGGCGUUUCUCUGUUUAACUUUACAGUCUGCAAAGUGACGGAGGAGCUGAGGAGGAGGACGGCGAGGGGAGCAGCGGCGGCUGAGCGACUUGCUGUGCGGGAGCCUCUUCCUCCUUCCACGGCUGCGAGCGUGACGGGAGCACGGGGGGACUGCCAUGUAGCUGAAGCAGAAGAAUGAGCAGUCAGCACGCAGAUGGGACAGACGACCGCACGGUCCAACAGGAAAAUGAACUAGAAGCCCUCGCGUCUAUAUUUGGGGAUGAUUUCCAGGAUCUGCGGUGCAAGGAUCCGUGGAAGGUUAAAAGGCCUCCAGAGGUGCAUCUGUGCCUGCGGCCCAACGGGCUGAGCACUGGGGAGGAAUGCUACGUGACUGUGGACUUGCAGGUCAAAUGCCCACCCACCUACCCAGAUGUGCCUCCGGAGCUGGAGCUGAAGAAUGCAAAAGGUCUGUCAAAUGAAAACCUCCAGAACCUUCAGAGUGAACUCACCAAGCUGGCAGCAGCACAAUGUGGGGAGGUGAUGAUUUACGAGCUAGCGAACCAUAUCCAGGGCUUCCUGAGCGAGCACAACAAACCUCCGUCGAGCUCCUUCCACGAGGAGAUGCUGAAGAACCAGCGGAGACAGCAGGAGAAACUAGCCCAGGAGGAGCAGCAGAGGAUGGACCAGCGGCGCAAACAGGAGGAGGAGAUGGGAAAACAGAUCAUGGCUGAAAUCCAAAGAAGAGAGGAGGAGAAACGAGAGGAAAAGAGAAGAAAGGAGAUAGCCAAACAGGAGCGACUUGAGAGCAUGGAGCAGUCAGUUACUACAAACACCGCCCUGUUAGCAAAAAGCCCACCCAGCCCAGGUGGAGCUCCUCCUGAACUGAUAGAAGCCAGGAAAGCAAUCGGUAACCGCCGUCGGACUACCUCAAAUACACGUCACAGACGCGACACGGUUAAUGAAGACAACCAUCGCUCGCAAGAGCUUCUUCACUUCAGCAGCAGCACUUUCGGAGAACUUGUCGUUCACCGAGGGAAAAGUUUAGGUGCAAGCGAGAGGCUCCGCCGGAACGUUUAUUAUGGAUUUGAGGCAAACUCCGGAGACUUUGCUGUGAUCUACGAGUGGUCACUGCGCUGGAACAAGAAGAUGGGCAAGUUCUUCACCACCCAGGAGAAAGGAAGGAUUGAGAAUUGUAAAAAGCAGAUCCAUGGAGCAGAAAAUGAGUUCAACUCCCUCCUGCGGCUGGAUCACCCAAACCUGGUGCACUACACGGCGCUGAGCUCCACCGAGAAGGAGGACUGCCUCGUGGUUAACCUGCUGGUGGAACAUGUGGCCGGCACCAACUUGAACCAAAGCCUCACCAGCCACGGCUCAGUGCCUCUGGACAAACUGAGCCAUUACACGGCCCAGCUGCUGUCUGCUCUCGACUAUCUUCACUCCAACUCUGUGGUCCACAAACAUCUUGGAGCCUCCAGCGUGCUGGUGGACUCUGAGGGCAACGUUCGACUGACUGACUACAGCUUAUCAAAGAGAUUCGCUGAUAUCUGCAAAGAUGACAUUUUUGAGCAAGCCCACGUGCGUUUCUCAGAGGAUACGGCGAUGCCAACGAAAACAGGCAAGAAGGGGGACGUGUGGAACUUGGGGCUGUUGCUGCUGGCUCUGAGUCAGGGGAAGGAGGUGAAGGAGUAUCCAGUGACUGUGCCAGCCAGCCUGCCUGCUGACUUCCAGGAUUUCCUACACAAGUGUCUGUGUCUGAAUGAUGCUGAACGCUGGACAACGCAGCAGCUUUUGGACCACUCCUUCCUGAAGCCUCCAUCACCUAAAAACCAGCCGCAGUGCCAGGAUGACAGCCCAGAAGAUCUCGCCGUGGACUUUGCGUCAUCUGUCAUCCCCCAGAGCCACAUCCUCAACACUCCAUUCAUGUCCGGCGUGCAGCGGCAGUUUUCCCGCUAUUUCAAUGAGUUUGAGGAACUCCAGCUUCUUGGAAAGGGAGCGUUUGGCGCUGUUAUAAAGGUUCAGAAUAAACUCGAUGGCUGUUACUAUGCUGUGAAGCGCAUCCAGGUCAAUCCCGCCAGUAAGCAGUUCCGACGGAUUAAAGGUGAGGUGACGUUGCUCUCACGCCUUAACCAUGAGAACAUCGUCCGCUACUACAACGCGUGGAUCGAGCGGCACGAGACGCCCUCGGUUGGGGUGCUGAGCAGCACCGACAGCUCUGAGCCACAGAGCACCCCUGACAAGCAUCCUCAGCGCAGACAGCCUGCACAGCGCCUCAACGAGCUGGGACUCCCUGACAAUGUGGAGGACAACGCACCACCUCCAGCCCUGUCAAGCUCCGUGGAGUGGUCCACCUCCAUCGAGAGAUCCUCCAGUGCCAAAUGUAGCGGACACCAGUCAAGUGAUGAAGAGGAUGAUGAUGAAGAAGAUGUGUUUGGUGCAUCUUUUCUGCCAUCUGAUAGUGACUCAAGGAGUGACAUCAUCUUUGACAAUGGCGAUGACAGCACAGACGAGAUAUCACAGGUUGAGCCCAGCAAAAGACCGACAAUCGACACAACAGAAAGCACAGACUCAGAUCGACCUCCCCUCAUCGCACAUUAUCUGUACAUACAAAUGGAAUACUGUGAAAAGAGCACUUUAAGGGACACAAUAGAUCACGGCCUGCACCAGGACCAGAAUCGGCUGUGGAGACUCUUCAGGGAAAUACUGGAUGGACUUGCUUACAUCCACCAGCAGGGCAUGAUUCACAGGGACCUGAAGCCUGUUAACAUCUUCCUUGACUCGCAAGACCAUGUGAAGAUUGGAGACUUUGGCCUGGCUACAGACCAUCCCGCUACUGUGGCUGCAGGCAUAUUUGAAGUGGAGGACGGUGGCUCAGUAGUGAUGUCCAAACCUGACCCAACAGGUAACAUGACAGGCAUGGUUGGUACUGCCCUCUACGUCAGUCCUGAGGUUCAAGGAAACACCAAAGCCACCUACAACCAAAAAGUUGAUCUGUUCAGCCUGGGAAUCAUCCUGUUUGAGAUGUCCUACCGGCCCAUGACCACGGGGUCAGAGCGCAUCUCCGUCCUGAGCCAGCUACGUGUGGAGCCCAUCAUCUUUCCUGAGGACUUCAACACAUACUUCAAAGGAACACAGAGGAGCGUGAUAGAGUGGCUGUUGAACCAUGACCCGGCUCUACGGCCGACGGCCCAGGAGCUGCUGAAGAGCGAACUGCUACCUCCACCACAGAUGGAGGAGUCAGAGCUGCAUGAGGUGCUGCAGCACACCAUGGCCAAUAUCAAUGGCAAGGCAUACCGCACAAUGGUGGGUCAGCUGUUUGCCCAGAACACCUCUCCAGUCAUGGAUUUCACCUAUGACAUAGACCUACACAAGGGCAGCUUCAGCUUCAACAGUGCCAAAUUGCAGCAAUAUGUGCAUGAAACAAUCACCAGAAUCUUCAAGAAGCAUGGUGCCGUGCGUCUCCAGACGCCGCUGCUCCUCCCCAGAAACAGAAAGUUGUACGAUGGCAGCGAGCCGGCCUGCUUCAUGGACCACAGUGGAAUGCUGGUUACACUGCCCUAUGACCUUCGCAUGGCGUUUGCAAGAUUCAUCGCUCGCAAUAAUAUAACACAUCUGAAGAGGUAUAGCAUCGAGCGAGUAUUCCGGCCCAGGAAGCUGGAUCGGGCACACCCAAGGGAGCUUCUGGAGUGUGCCUUUGACAUCAUCACCCCCGUCACCAACAGUCUGCUGCCCGACGCCGAGGCCAUUUACACCAUCUCUGAAAUAGUCCAGGAAUUUCCAGGACUUCAGGAAAGGAACUAUAACAUUUACCUGAACCACACCAGCUUGUUGAAGGCCAUCCUGCUCCACAGCGGAGUCCCUGAGGACAAACUGAGCCAGGCUUCCAACAUACUGUGCGACGCCAUGAGCGAAAGGCUGACCAAACGAGAGGUGGAGGCAAAGUUCUGCAACCUUUCUCUGUCAACCAACAGUUUGCAGACGCUGUACAAGUACAUAGAACAGAAGGGGGAUCUGCAGGACCUGGCGCCACUGCUGACAUCACUCACCAAACAGAAGACUGCCGUCACCCAGCUGGCCAAGCAGGGCCUCAAGGACCUGGAGGAGCUCACAGUGCUGCUGCGCAGACUGGGAGUUAAACUGCAGGUGGUGGUUAACUUAGGCUUAGUUUACAAGGUGCAGCAUCACUCUGGGGUCAUCUUCCAGUUUGUGGCUUUCAUCAGGAAACGCAAGCGAACCGUACCGGAUAUUGUGGCUGCCGGAGGACGCUACGACCACUUGAUCCUGGAGUUUCGAGGACCAGCUUCCACAGUGCCAGUGCCCUCUGCAGUGGGGGCUAGUGUGGCCUUGGACAAAGUCUGUGCAGCAAUGGCCAGCAUGGAGGAGCCACCAUCAGUGAGUUCCUGUGAUGCUCUGGUGGUCCCAGUCGGGCAUUCAUCAAUGUCCAAAGCCAUCAAUGUAGUCCAGAAGCUGUGGAGUGCUGGCGUCUCUGCGGACAUCACGUACGAUGUCUCACAGUCUCAGGAGACGUUGUUGGAGCACUGCAGGCUAGCCGGCAUCAACUGCCUGGCCCUGGUCUCUGACAAAGAGGGGAACUAUGUGAAGGUCAGAUCCUUUGAGAAGGACAGACAGUCUGAGAAGCGGAUUCCCGAGUUAGACUUAGUGGACCACAUCAUUCAGAAAUGUCGGACCAAAUUCUUCGAUGAAAGAAACAUCAGAGAAAUCUCUGAAAGCAUGUCUCUUCAGAACCCCAAAGGAUCACUGCUCAACACCACAGGUUCGUCAGAACAGCAUGGGAGCAGCAGUACCACCAACAUGAAUGUGAACGUCAUUAGCCCAGAAAAAGUUUCUUCCAGUACUAGACGACGCUAUGAGACUCAGAUCCAAACCAGAUUACAGAAUCUCAGUAGCCAUUUGCAGAACAAGAGCAAUGACAUUGAGGUUCUGGCAGUUGACCUGCAGAAGGAAACGCUGAUCAACUUCCUGUCACUGGAGUUUGAAAGCGAAGACCAGUUCAACAGCAGCGUGAAGACUCUGCUCUGUCGUCUCCCCAAACAACGCUACCUGAAGUCCAUCUGCGACGAGAUCCACAAUUUCAAAAUUACGAAAAAGGUGGCUGUGGUGGUCUUGUACAGCUACAAAGAUGACUACUACAAGAUCCUUCUCUGAAAACCCAAGCGGCUCCAAUGGCCUGGGAGAUGUCCAGCUUGGCUUGAGGCUCAGUAGACUCCUGCGGACUAUUUUCAUCCUGGGACCUACAAAACUGACAGAUUCAUACCUUUUUCAUUUUUUUUAUACCAUGUUAAAUGGUAACUCAGCUGUUUGACCCAAAAUCCAUAACUUUUCCAAAACCGUCCAGUGUUUUGUGGUCUUUCUCAGACAAACGUGGACAAGAUGUUCACUGGACUUUAUUGCCUUAAUAGAACAAUAUAAGUUGAAAUAGAGAGGGCUUUUUACUGAAGAUUAUGUGUCAUGAAUUCAAAAGUUUUACAUUUCUAAUUACCAAUGUGGUUGAUAGAAAUAAAUCACUUUUUCCCCA